ACCACAACUUCCACGACCGCACCCCCAAUGACAGCCUCGGAAAACAAGAAAAACAAUCAGAGAAAACAACGGGCUCGCGCUGACUGAGACGGUCUGAGGAAUUUACUGUGGCGCAGCGUGCGUAAAAAAAGCGCACCGGCCGCCCCGCUGAGCGCGUAAAUUCAGCUUUCUGGUUUGAUUUUUUUUUUUUUAAUUGUAACUUAAACAUUUCCGGAUUUUUCAAUUCCGCGGGACUGAAAAAGAAAUAAUGUUAAAAAUGACAGAGGAGCAUGACAAGUGUGUGAGCGAGCAGCCGUGCAGCCCGUCCGGCACCAACAGCUCCAUGUCCCAGGACGAGUCCGACUCCGACGCGCCGUCCUCGCCGAUGGGCUCCGACGGGCAGGGAUCGCUGCUGGCGGGGCUGGGCAAGAAGCUGGACUCGGAGGACGACGAGCGCUUCCCAGCCUGCAUACGGGACGCGGUGUCUCAGGUCCUGAAGGGAUAUGACUGGUCCUUGGUGCCCAUGCCCGUGAGAGGGAACGGGAGCCUGAAGAGCAAACCUCACGUUAAGAGACCCAUGAACGCGUUCAUGGUGUGGGCGCAGGCGGCCCGCAGGAAGCUGGCGGACCAGUACCCUCACCUGCACAACGCAGAGCUCAGCAAGACGCUGGGCAAACUCUGGCGUUUGCUUUCAGAGAGUGAGAAGAGGCCAUUUGUAGAUGAAGCAGAGAGACUGCGGGUUCAGCAUAAAAAAGAUCACCCAGACUACAAGUACCAGCCCCGGCGACGGAAAAAUGUGAAACCAGGCCAGAGCGACUCAGACUCGGGGGCUGAGCUGGCACAUCAUAUGUACAAAGCGGAGCCAGGAAUGGGAGGACUGGCUGGGAUGACUGAUGGACACCACCACCCUGACCAUGCAGGACAGCCCCAUGGUCCGCCUACACCACCCACUACCCCCAAAACAGACGUGCACCACGGGGUGAAGCAGGAUCUGAAACAUGAAGGCCGUCGUCUCGUUGACAGCAGCAGGCAGAACAUUGACUUCAGCAACGUAGACAUCUCUGAGCUCAGCACUGAUGUCAUCAGCAAUAUGGAGACCUUCGACGUUCACGAGUUUGACCAGUACCUUCCACUCAACGGCCACGCCUCAGGUUCCUCCGCCCUGUCUUCAGACCACAGCCACGGGCCGACCCCUGUGCCCAGCAGCUCCUACGCUUCCUCAUACAGCCACCCGGGGAGCAACGGCUCAUCCUGGAGCCGAAAGAGUGCCAUGUCCUCUUCCUCUCCCUCUUCCAGCGAGGUGGGCCAGCACCGUCUGCACAUUAAAACAGAGCAACUGAGCCCGAGCCACUACAGCGAGCACUCUCACGGGUCACCUUCACACCCCGAUUACAGCUCCUACGGUAGCCAGGCCUGCGUCACUUCAGCCACGUCCGCCGCCUCCGCCGCAGCCUCUUUCUCCAGCUCUCAGUGUGACUAUACAGACCUUCAGAGCUCCAACUAUUACAACCCUUACUCAGGCUACCCCUCCAGCCUCUACCAGUACCCCUAUUUCCACUCAUCCAGGCGGCCCUAUGGCAGCCCCAUCCUGAAUAGUCUGUCCAUGGCUCCGGCCCACAGCCCAACCGCCUCCAGCUGGGACCAGCCCGUCUACACCACUCUGUCUCGACCUUAAGGGAAACAGAAGGAGUCUGUUGGCACCAGAGACUCAGUUUGAUGCACUACAAAUGAAAGACAUUAGGAGGUGGUGGGGAAUUGUGCGUAAGGGGGAAGUAAGGCUACCUGUGGCCAUUCGAACGUGAAGCAAACACACAAGAAAAAAAAAGUGCCUGCUGAUUUUAUACAAAGUUAUAUUGUCGCGAUGAAAACACACUUCUUACACUAAGAGAAACUGUGUUGUUGGUGGGCCAAACUCCUCCAUGAGGACAAACAGUACCGCCUGCACCUUCAUCCCAUACACCCCCACUUGUUUUUUAGUUAAAGAUUGCACUUAUGUGCACAGUUGAGAGAAAGCAAAGACCUGCUACUGAAUUUCAAGUUUGACAUGGUUUAGCCAACUGUGUACAUAUAAGAAAAGUACAUGGGACCAGUUAUGUGAAGCUGCGGUGAAAUUUACAUUGAUGGCCAGAGUUAUAUUGCAGCACACUAUUUGCAUCAAUGGCUCAGUCUUAAAUAAAUGACUCCUAUGAAUCUAGUGUAAUUUUGGCAUAAAAGUCUUAUAUGUAUUUAUGUUCAUGCAUUAUUGGUUUUUGUUUUGCAGUAGAUGGACACUUGUAAUAUGAGUUUGCUUAUUUAGAGUACUGUUUUAAUGGCUUUUCAAGAGGUGAAAGUAAAUGAAGUAAAGGACAGAGCUUUUUUAUUAUUAUUAUUAUAAUUAUUAUUAUUAUUAUUAGUUGGAGACCAAUUUUCAGAAACAUCUCCAUUCCAUGUUGCAAGCAAACAGACAGGACCAACAGACUCGCACAGGACAGAACAGGUGUCUGAAAUCUAUGCUUGUCAAAUCGCGAUUAGUCAUGAUGUAGGCUUAAAGGAAAUGGGGUAAAAUAACACCACAAACCCUGAGUGACAUGUCAGCUGGACCUCCUGUAUAUGUCCAAGGACAGCGCAAGAAUAUGUGAACGCACAUGCAUCCGAAUGGGUUAGUGAGAUAACGCGGCAUCGCACAUGCAAAUCCAUCUGUGAGCCAUUUCCUCGGAAAGGGGAUGCAUAUCCGAUGACAUAACACCCAUCCAGUGAUACGGAAAAGUACUUUUGUGUCAUUUUGAGUUGAAAGUGAAAUUAAGUGUAUUUGCCCGUAUUUAUCUCAUCGACCAUCAAGUGCCAAUUCAUUGCUGCAGUCUUGCAUUAAAUGUUUUCGUGCCUUCUAACGCUUAUUGUCAGUAUUUUGAAAUGAAAUGGAAUUAUUAACAAAGUUCAGGCAGCACACAAUCCACAUCCGAGACUCUGACGGUUAACUCGCUCCUCAUUAUGUCCUUAAUUUGACAUCAUUCCUUACAGCCUGGGUUUCCAAUGUUCUGUGACAUACUAAAUGAGAUAUGUACAGAGCGUUACGGUGAUUGUUGUUUUUUUGUCCACAGAACUGUUUUGUACAUCAUUAUGUUCGAUAAUUUUGAGACAGGCUGUGAAAAUGAUUGUUCUGUUCACUAAAAUUUCACUCGCACAUGCACAGCUAACUCAUCCGCUGGCCUUUUUUUUUUUUAAAUAAAAGAUACUUUUUCUUGA